AUGGGCAGCAUGUGGCAACUGGCAUCGUCAGCCUCGCUGGCGGGCGAGUUGGAGAAGGAUGGCAUGAAAUGGGGGAUGCCACGAGGUGGUGUACAUUGGCGGAAGGAAGAUGUCGAUUUUCGCCUCGCGCCGAUGAAACUUAUCAUAGGGAUGAGCACAGGGAGGUAG